AUGGCGACUACCUCCAAUGAAAAUAGCAAUACUUCGCCGGCGUCCAGUAGGACGACCUCUCGGCCUAGCAGUGGGCGUGGUUGGCGGAGGUCACGCUCAGGCGCAAGCAAUCCAUCUAGAGUAUCUAGUGGAAGUACAGCAGAGGCAUCACCUGGAGCACCCCUGAGAUCAGGAAGUAAUGUAUCUAUAGACGAGAAUGGGGUGCAGAGACGCGCAUCGAAACCCAAGGCUGCGAUGAGAUGGACCAAGGAUGUGCUGAAGAACUCGUUUGAUAGUCUCUUCUCACGCGAGUCUAGAGACGAGCAGGCGCCGAUGAUGAUCUUCUACAAGGCCACCGCACGGUUAAAGAAAUGUGUGCGCUUGUUGGAAUCGGCGACGCUGGAGCUCGAGCAGAUACUCGGCAUCGAAGAACUGCACCGAUGUCAAACAGAGGUGUUGAAUGCUCUGGAGAUGGUAUUUUCUAUCAGCAAUGACCCACGAGAGUCCAGAGACUACAGAUUAAAGUUCUCCGCAGACGUACAGGAGGAGUUACAGCACACUUUAUUAUGGGAAACUUUAUUGUUCGCUGCUGAACUGAUCACGGAUGGUCGGGUCUUGGAGGGUCGGGAGAGAGUCACGGAUCGUCUAAGACCGACCGCGAUAUAUUUAUGCGACUCUUUUGAGUCGGUUAACAGGGUACUGCGAGCUCAGGCGAAGAAAAAUCCCACUGUAUAUACGCCGGCUGUAUUGGCGGCCUUAAGGCAGUUUGACAUCGCAUGGACUGCUUUCGAGAAUUUAUAUGUACAGGCGGUUGUGCCCUGUCGCGGCAACGAGGACUUUGAAACGCGACAGGAGAUCACCAUCCUGUUCAGCGAAGGCGUGCUGCUCGGUUUAAGGAAGAAAUACAUCACACAGACGGACAUAGACGACUACGAGCCGAUGGUCAUGCAAGCAAUCCCGCGCUUAGGAGUGCUUACUGGUAUUCUGCAGAAUCCUGAAGAAUUGGUAAACUAUAAAUGGAUGGCUGAUUCAGCCACUUUGCUCAAGUCGAUAUCCGAGCGGAUGGUUGGCUUGGCCCCCGGCGACAUCCAAAAGCUAGAGAUCUACUUGGUAGAGGGUGUAGACGACGCACCAAAAGGCGACAUGAGUGCAGAGAGAGCCGAUGUAGGCCCAGUCACAGCGAAACCAGAAGUUCUGCACAAGCUGUUUGUGGACAUCUCUCAAGUUGCCGAUGAUAUGUGCCGGGGACCUAAGAACAAAGGGCAUAGGCAAAUCCUGAGCACCUUGUUCAAGAUGUAUCAGAACCAGCCAAUUGACAUCACUUCCGAUGAGCCCGUAACUCGCAUCUCAAAUAUUGACGAUGUAGAAAUCACAAAUGACGAUGACACAGAUCCGUUGAAUGACGGUAUGUGCGUAUGUAAUCAUCUAAGUAUACUACUACUCCGUUUGUUUUCAGUAUACUUUUCAGUAUACUACUAA